AAUUCGAAUUUAAUCAAAUUGGAUAACACUGCAUCCCUAUCUCCAGUUAACAAAUACAUUAUAAAUGUCAAAUGUUAACAAAAUAAAAUAUAAGUUUUACGUAGGCACAGUGGGGUUUUUUAUUAUUUUACCACUGAAUAUAAAUAGUUCAAUAUGAAGUCGAGAUUUAGUACUUACGAUAUAAUUUGCAUGGUCACGGAGCUGCAAAGCUUGUUAGGCAUGCGUGUGAACCAGGUGUACGACAUAAACAGCCAAUCAUAUGUGAUCAGGCUGCAACGGUCCGAGGAGAAGAAGGUCCUGUUACUGGACUCUGGCCAUCGGUUUCACACAACACUUUUCGAAUGGCCCAAGGGUAUGGCCCCAUCUGGGUUCACUAUGAAGCUCCGAAAACACUUAAAGAACAAACGUCUAGAGAAACUGCAACAGAUAGGCGUGGACCGUAUCGUCGACUUCCAGUUCGGCAGCGGAGAGAUGGCGUACCACGUGAUCCUAGAGUUAUACGACAGGGGUAACAUAGUGCUCACAGACCAUGAGUGGACCAUUCUCAAUGUGUUGCGACCGCAUGUGGAGGGCGAUAAAGUAAGGUUUGCAGUAAAAGAAAAAUAUCCACUAGACAGAGCGAAAACAUCAUACGCCGCGCCGUCCGUCGACAAAUUAAAAGAAAUAUUCGCCAAGAGUCAACCCGGAGAUAAUCUUAAAAGGUUACUCAAUCCACAUUUGGAAUGUGGAGCUUCCGUCCUAGAUCAUGUUCUACUGGAGAAUGGUUUGUCAGGGACUACAAAAGUGGUUAAAGAAGGUGAUAAAGGAUUCAAUCCAGAAUUACACAUGGAUAAACUGGUGGAAGCUUUAAAGAAAGCUGAGAAACUGAUGGACGAGGCUCAUGAUAAAGUGUCAAAGGGUUUUAUACUUCAGAAAAAAGAAUCUCGUCCCAACCCUGUGCCGGACGGGCCGGACCACUUGCUGGCCAACAUAGAGUUCCAUCCCAUGCUGUUUGCGCAGAACAAGGACACCACGUAUGCGGAGUUCGACACGUUCGACAGGGCUAUUGAUGAGUUCUUCAGCGGCUUGGAGGGACAGAAGCUUGAUAUGAAGCUGGUGCAAGUGGAGCGCGAGGCGAUGAAAAAGCUGCAGAACGUGCGCAAGGACCACGACAAGCGCGUGCAGUCGCUGACGGCCGCGCAGGCGCACGGGCGCCGCGCCGCCGACCUCGUCGCGCGCAACCAGCGCCUCGUCGAGCAAGCGCGCCUCGCCGUGCAGACCGCGCUCGCCAACCAGAUGUCCUGGGACGACAUCAAACUCCUGGUGAAAACCGCGCAAGACAACAAGGAUCCCAUAGCGUCUUGCAUCAAGCAGCUCAAGCUGGACAAGAACCACAUCACCCUGUGGCUGACAGACCCUUACCAGCAGGAUAAUGAUGAUGAUGAGGAUAAUGAGAGGAAUGAUGAUGAGGAUAAUGAGAGGAAUGAUGAUGAGGAGAGACUGGAGCCAAUGCUGGUGGAUAUUGACUUGGGACUGACUGCGUUUGCUAAUGCGAGGAGGUACUACGAUCAGAAACGCUCAGCGGCCAAGAAACAACAGAAGACCCUGGAGUCUUCCGGCAAAGCGUUGAAGAGCGCCGAGCGGAAGACCAAGCAGACUCUGAAGGAGGCCAACACUAUCACCAACAUCGUGAAGGCGCGCAAAACGUACUGGUUCGAGAAGUUCUACUGGUUCAUAUCUUCGGAUAAUUACCUGGUGAUCGGAGGUCGCGACCAACAGCAGAACGAGCUGAUAGUGAAGAGAUACCUCGUUGGCAAUGAUAUAUACGUGCACGCGGACGUGACGGGCGGCGCGUCGGUUGUGGUGAAGUGCGCCGGCGCAGCGCCGCCGCCGCGCACGCUGGCGGAGGCGGGGCAGGCUGCUGUGGCGUACAGUGUGGCGUGGGAAGCCAAGGUGCUGACGCGUGCGUGGUGGGUGUACGCGCACCAAGUGUCGAAGUCGGCCCCCACGGGAGAGUACCUCCCCACCGGCUCCUUCAUGAUCCGCGGCCGCAAGAACUACCUGCUGCCCGACCAGCUGCAGAUGGGCUUCACCUUCAUGUUCAGGCUAGAAGAAGGCAGUAUGGAACGUCAUAAGGACGAAAGGAAGGCCAUGGCGAUAGACGACAUCAGGUCAGAGGUGGUUUCGGUCCAGGACUCGGUGGAGGAACAGGAGAUCCUCGUGUCAGACAAUGAAGAUACAUCGUCAAAAGAAGAUCCGAAAGAGACCAAAUUAGAUCCGGUUUCAGAAGAACCUCUUCCUACUGAACAAGAAGAGAUAGAGAAAGAUGUAGAAGACGUAGGUGACGUAGAGAAUGAAGAAGAGGAAGGGGGACAGCAAGGGACGAAGGAAGAUCAGGACAGCGCGUCUGAUAGUGAAUCUUCUGACGAUGGUUUCCCGAACACUCAUGUUAAGGUGGACCACGGGACUGGAAAAGUGAUACUGCAAUCCAGAACCAUGUCGGAAUCAUCGCCCCAAGACGAAGAAAAGAUGCCAACCUUCCCCUCGCUACCGAACAAAGGAAAGAAACCAAAUAAACAGCAGCCGAAAGAGGAAAAGAAGAAGGAGGGAUUAAAGAGGGGGCAGAAGAGCAAACUGAAGAAGAUCAAGGAGAAGUACAAGGACCAAGACGAGGAGGACAGGGCACUCAGAAUGUUGCUCCUGCAGGCGCCAAACACGGGCAAAGACAGCAAAAAAGCGCAGAAGAAAGCGGCAGCGAAGGCGGGUAAAGUAAAACCGGCUCAAAAAGGACCCAAGAUCCCGCAGCCAGCGCCGGUGCUGAUCGAGGUCGACUCCGAGGGGGAGGUGGAAGAACCAGAGCAAGAGGCUCCGGAGCCAGGGCCGCCGGUGGACACUGAGCUGCUGAACCAGCUGACAGGCGUGCCGGUCACAGAGGACGAGCUCCUGUUCGCCGUGCCGGUCGUCGCGCCGUACUCCGCCGUGCUCAAUUACAAGUACAAAGUGAAACUGACCCCAGGCACGGGGAAACGGGGCAAGGCGGCCAAAACGGCGGUCCAAGUAUUCCUCAAGGACCCGGGAGCCACCGCCCGCGAGAAGGACCUCCUAAAAGCCGUGAGGGAGGAAAACAUCGCAAGAAACUUCCCAGGGAAAGUGAAGAUGUCCGCGCCCCAGCUGCAUAAACACAAGAAAUGACAAUACAGACUGUUCAGAGGAGCGCAUCGAAGAUUAAGAUUUCGAUCGUAUAUCAUGGGCCGUAAUAGGAAGCUCCUAGUUCUCCUGCCUGAGUCACAUUUACACUGGUGAAUUUACAAAAUAAUUUUAUUACUAUUGACGUUUUUAACUAAUUUUAUGUAUAAUAAAUCAAUUCCAUAAUCGAUUUUAGAUAAAUACAAUAUGAUUUUGUAACGAUUUCAAAAAUCGAUCUUUGUUAUCGUAAUAAAAUCGAUUUCAGUGAAACAAUGAUUUUAACUAGAUGUAUAAGUCGAAAUUAUGUAUAAUGGAUAUUUGUUGUUACCUCAAAUUUAGAGGAAUUGGUCGUUUAUUUCCCAAAGCCCAAAUCCUUAGCAAGUCUGCGGUUUCUUAGUACUGUAUCAAAUAAUCGUCCGAACGCAUCGCAAGUGCGCGUGUUGACGGCACACAAGCAGUUUAAUUUAUACGGACACGCCAAAGUGACCCAAAGGUCUCAGGUUGUUAAAUGAUAAACGACAGAUGAUUAUCCUCAGACAGUCGACACAAUUUUGUCGGCCUGUUCGAAUGUGAUAUACACAAGCUAAUCUCGGAAUGCGUUGCGCAUCACUAUGUUGGUUUUAGACCUGUUACUGUAAUUGUUUGCGCGAAUCUUUACUUAAUGGCCCUUUAGAGAAUUCUCGCAGUUCCCGGCGGAGUGGACAUCAUAUUUUAAUUAAUAUAGGAGAAUUUAUUUGCGUAUUUUUGGCUCUUGCGUCAGACGGGGCUAUGGUAUUAACAAAAAAAAAAUGAUUAUAAGGCCCUUCUAUGACGCUACGCCACUACACUAUACUGACAUAAUUUCGUUAAAAAAUUAUAACAGUGGCAGUAUUAUAACAAGUCCAUAUAACCCGAUUUCUGCCGGCUUCCCUUUCACAAUUUUAAUCUAAUUAUCAUUAAAACUACUUGCAGGCCGCAUUUAUACAUUUUAUGUUGUGACGCGUUCCCUUUCGGAAAAUUUAACUCUUCGCCACUGCUAACUAAUGACAAAAAUGGUCCGGAAACACUUUGUAGUAGGGUUGCUUUUGAACUGACAGCACGAAGACAUGCGCACUCGUGACGCGUUCGAUAUAUGAGGAUAUUAACAUAGCUCAAUAUUACUGUGUUAGUAACAAUUGUAUGUAUUUCUAAAGGCUUAUUUCAAUAAACGAUCUUCUUACAUCCGUAUUCACAAACAAUACUAUUAGGACUCACAGUGCGGUCGAACGCAGUGUCAAUAAUUACAUAGUUUAUUUUGGCUUUGUUUAACUGUUUAUCUGACAGACUACUGAUGUUAAGUUGUGACAUAUUAUUAACCAGUCACAAGGCUCAGUUAUAUCCCAUACGUACGUACUUUGAAGGCUGUCCUGUCGGUAGCAUUGAGAAACAGACAUAUCUCAUUGGUCCGUACUUAGCUAAGUAACGUUUGUGAAUUCGGACCAAGAGUUCGUUUUGAUUUCGAAAAUGAACCAAUCAAAAUAAAGUAUUCUGAUUGAUCAAUUUUCGCGAUCGAAUAAAGUCAUUCGGAGUUUAUUGAAAUCGACGGAAUACGUACUGUUGUUAAUAAUUAUAUAUAAAUAGAUAAAUGUUUUAUCUGAUGGCGACGGGCCAUCCCCCUCUGAGCCAUCGGCUGGCGACGCUUUUGCUUGAAAGACAUUCAAAUCUAAACGACAAGUGUACCGAAAUUCUGAUAUGUACAUAAUACUAGGAAUUGUCAGACAUUUUUACAUCAUUUUAUCUUGGUUUUGUAUUUAAAAAAUAUUUUAUUAGACCUUAUUUUUAUAAAGCAAAUAAUUUUUCAUGAAUUUUCUUAUUAAAAUCAAAACUUUAAAUCACUUUAUUCAAAAGUUUACUGAUUGUCACUUACAUAUGAAUGCCUUUUAAGGAUAGAUAUAAUAAACUAUACCGUUUUAAAUGUUGUCUUGCUUUUAUCAUACAAAUACAUUAUAUAGUCACUUGUAAUAAGAAAUAAACGUUCAUAUUUCGUCAUAAUAAAUCCACUAAACUAGAAAAAUUAAAUUAGUUAAAAUAAUGUCAAUCGAAUGCAAUAUGUAUGUAAAUUAUAGUAUAAAUGAGUGCAUUUGCAAUGCAAAAUGAUUGUUGGCUGUUAAUAAAGUGUUUUUAUAUUGAA